UCUACUUUUACCAAAGUUCUACUUCGAUAAAAGUUCUACAUUGACAAAAGUUCUACUUUUACCAAAGUUCUACUUUUACCAAAGUUCUACUUCGAUAAAAGUUCUACUUCAAUACAAGUUCUACAUUGAUAAAAGUUCUACUUUUACCAAAAUUCUUCUUUAGAAUUAUAUUAAAAAGCUUUACUUACUCCUGUCUUCGUCGUUCCAAUUUUUUUUGUGUUGCCCCAUCAAGUCUGAUCAACUCAUGAUAUUCGUCCGUUAGUCUGUGUAACUCGUCUUCUAGUUUUUUUUCUUCCAUUUUUAACGAUUUUUAAUGGAUGGUAAUCAACAGAAGAAAGGUGCAAUGAUAGAGCCGAGAGAGGGGAAACGCCAAACGGACACAACAAUCGACAAGAAAAUUGGAACUUGGAUUUACGAAAAACAAUUACGGUCAUGCAACCUGUAGACUUGACUAUGCUGUUUGCUGAACCAGAUCUACGUCGUCUGCACCGUCUGCACUUACCGAUGCAAGAUUACCGACAGCAUGAAAUUUCUCGACUCACGGCUGACAAUUUGGAUCUCCAGGAAAAUAAUGAUUUGCUAUCCGAACAACUCAAAAAGUACAGAUCGCAGAUGAAAUUGGCGAAAAAGGUGAAGCAGGAGGGUGUACUUGCCGAAAAUCUGGAAGCCAGCCCUGAAGUGCAUGAAACAGUUCAUUCGAGUCGUAGGAACGAAAGAAGCGAAUCACCACUGCCGGUUGUUCGUAAAAAGGAAACGAUUACCUUGGGAUGUUUGAUUUUAACAUGGACGACGAAGAGCAGAUCGCCAGGAAUCUCGUCUAUGAACUCAAACCAAGCGUUGCGUCAACUCUGUUACCCGGUCUUCCGGCAUACAUCAUUUUUAUGUGUGUCCCACACGCAGAUUACAUCAACAGCGACGAGAAAAUCCGAGAUUUCUUAACUCUGAUUAUUAACGCUAUUUAUCGACUCAUUAAGAAACGCCAUGAGGAUCUGGACACUUGUUGUUUGGUUGUUGUUGUUUGGUUAGUCAACACGUGCAGAUUUUUAGACAAUCUAAAGCAGUAUAGUGGAGAAAAGGUAAAUUACGAUAUGCGCUUAUCGUGGAAGAAUCCCCGUCUGUACUACUGGAUUCAAACUGGCUAUAAAGGGGGGUGGAAAUGUGGCAUGAAUUAAUUAUUUUGACUGUGGCUGCCGUUUUUAUAUUGAACUUUUUUGGGAUUAUAUGUUGAACUGGGUCUUUAUAUUUUCUGGGGGUUUUAUAUUGACUUUUUUUUUCUUUCUAUAUUAACUUUAUGUUUUUUAUCUUAUACUCUUUGUGGUUUUUAUAUAAUACUUUUUACCAGUUUUUUUAUUCUUUUCUGUUUUAUAUAUUGAUAUUUUGGAAAAAAAUGUAUAUUGAUAAAGUGGCGGUUUUGGGCUCUCAUAAGGUAUCAUCGUUGUCGGGGGAAAAAAAAGAGCGACGGUGUCCGAGCCACGUUUGGG